AUGUCCGCCGACACCCGGCCCAUAUCCCCCGGCCGCUUCGCCGCCGCCCUCAAAGACCUCUCCAUCUCCAUGCUGCACCUCAAAGUCCUCGAGAUUCGCAACUCCAUCGCCCACCUCCAAUACUCCAACGACCAGCUAAAGCCGUUCGCCGAAGGUUCAGCUACACCCUUCAGUGGUGCAGACGCAGACGCGGACGCAGGCACCCAUAGUCCAGAUCAAGACUGCAUCGACGCCAUCAAAGAAAACGAAGUGGUGAUUGACCGCAUGGCCGAGCGGAUAGCUCUCAUUCGCGCAGAGGUAGAAGAGCGAGGGAUGAGCUGGACAGAGUUUCAGAGCAAAGAGGAGGCAGAGGCGGCGGCGGCGGAAAGGGCAAAGGCGGAGAGACAGAUAAAUGGGCAUGGGGGAGGGGAAGGGCAAAGAACUCACUCCGCCUGGACGGACGGCACUUUUCAAACGGGUACGAUACUGGGUGGACAGGUUCACAUGGACAGGCAGCCCGCUCCUCCAGCAGCCGGAAGAGGGAAUAAUGGUGGGGGGACGUUGAAUGACGAGGAGCUUAGGAGAGCAAUGGAGGAGAGAAUGAGAGAUUUGGCUGACGAUGAUGACGAUGGUGACGACCAUGGUAUGCACCUGUGA